AUGCUGCCUUGUCACUGGAACAUUGAUCGGAGACUAGCACGAUUUGUGAACGAUCCUAAAGAGUUCAGAUCGAGACUGGGAGAAGCAGAUGCCUUGAUCUCUGGCACUUUUGCACUCCUAUUCUUCGCCCAGCUCUACUGGUUGGACUCUGGACUGGACAUAUACGUUCAUCAAGGUUCGAAAGCAGAUGCCUUGAUUCGAUAUAUCGGUGCCGACAAAAACUACAAGUUUGAUCACAGCUAUGGUUGGUCAGAUGACGACCAAAAUCGUACACUCACCAAGGUUCUCAUAUUCCGCAGAAUGGUCCCUCCUGGGUCACCACAGAUACGAUUCCAUCUGACUCGAACAUCGCCAUUGCACAGUAUCUUGACUGACUGUGCCUUUUCUACUGCUCACGUCAAUAUUAUCACAUGGAACAAGGCCUACUGUAUGUUCCCAAACGUUACGUUCGUGGACCGUCGAAUGUACUUCUUGCACACCCCAGACGAAGCUAUGGGACAGAUACUGAGCAAAUACUCGGCUCAUGGAUGGCGCACGUCAGAUUGGGUGGAUUAUGAUCAGGCCAGAGGAUGCAACAAAGCUGGUAUCCGUGAGAAUUUCAGAAGAGUCGGCGACUCAUCCACAUGGGUUAUUCCUCUCAACCUCUACAAGAUACGUACACCCAGUCAACCAGACUCUGUGCUGGAGAGCUGUACGUUUCAAGUAUUUCCAGACUCUGGUCCUUCUGGAUCACUGCAUACGGGACUCAAGACUUUCGGCAUUGGUGCGCAGACAUUCUCAUGUUGCAUGUUGAAGUAUACUUAUACGUUCCACGCUCCGGACACCAGUUGGAUGGUGUUUCUGCGGGAGAAGAUCAGUCGGAUGGUCAUGCUUGAGGUUCUCAAAACUGGGGAUGCCGAUCUGAUUGCCAGUACAAGACGGCCAGACUUCAUGUCUGGUGGUUACAGGGAUUGCCCCUUGUUGAGGUGGAGACCACGCUUCGAAAGACCUGAUGGUUGGGAAUGUGUCGACCAUAUGUUGCCUGCUUGGCUCGAAGAGUGGAAGUCCAUUGAAAGAGAAAGGCUUACAGAAAGCGUUGGUCUGCUACCUCCUCCAUUGACCAUUGUUCAGUCUAAGAGGCAGCCAGGGACGUCGCAGGCACUGACCACUGAGUCUGUGCCACCACCAGUACCGCCUCGACGUCCUCGCUCAAGGACCAAGAUCCAGUCACCUACAGUCUUACAGGCCUCAACUCGUCAGGUCUGCAACAUCGCCUCAAUACAGCAAGCCGAGAGUAUGGCCUCAAAUGCCUACGCCGCCGACGUCUCCUCAGAAGCACAAAGCAGACUCUUUUUCGCUAGCACACAGACGUCCAAAAGCGUCCCUACCUCCACACCUUGA